AUGGAUAAGUUGAAUGUUUUUGUGAGGGGAGACAAUCAAGUGAAUGAAGAGAAACCUCCAGCUCGAGUGUGUCCACGGUGUGACUCUGACAAUACCAAGUUCUGUUACUACAACAACUAUAGCUUGUCUCAGCCGCGCUACUCCUGCAAGAAUUGUCGUCGAUACUGGACUCAUGGUGGGACUUUAAGGAACAUACCGAUUGGUGGAAGUGGCCGUAAAACCAAUCGUCCAAAGAUAGAUCAACCAUCUGCUGGGAAUCAACAGGUUAAUAAUCACCAACCUUUCUUACAUGGUCAAGAAACUAACGAGUUUGUUGGAACUUUUAAUGGUUCUUCUUCUUCUGAUGUUGUUGUUGGAAACCAUUUCGGUUUUCAUGAGAUUCAUGGUGCUAUGGUAAACAAUGUGCCUCCAGUUCGAAGUUUUCCACCAAUGGAGGCCUUACAUAUCUCUGAUGUAUCAUCUCGACAAGAUUAUUACGACGUUGGAUCCAGUGAUUUGAUUGAUAAUCCUUUGAUAAACCGCCCAACUGAAGAUGAUUUAAACAUGUGGAACGAGAGCUACAACAACACUAUGAACGUGAAUCAUAAUGCCAGCACGAGUGGAAGGAGGGGAUAUCUUUAA